ACUUCCCAUAUUCUUCCUUACGAGUUCAUUAUUCAUCGAGUUUCAAAUUAUGUAUUACUGUCUUCAGAAUUUUUUUCAUUUUAAAAAUAUUACUACUAUUUUUCGAAUUGUGCGUCACUAAUCCUUAGAGAUUUCUGAAUCAUAAAAAAAAAUUGGUAGUCUUUGUGGUACACAUUUCAAUAGACAUUCUCAAAGAGUGUUUUUACCAGAGCUCUUUUUUCAGGUUUGGAUCUUCAUAAUAUUCGCUGUUGUUCUUGCCUAUUGCAUCCUUGUGGACAAAUGGAGCUGGCAGCAAUAGCUUCUGUGGUGGUAGAGAAACUAAAGAUGUCUGACGAGAUAACAGACAAAACGGUGAUAGAGGAAGCCUUAAUAAAAAUGCAACGCGUCAUUGCUGAUACAAAUGAGGAGGAAAGAAAUAGUGAUGCAUUUAAGAGUUGGGCUGAAAAGUGUCUGUGUAGUCUGUACUAUGUUGAGGACACUGUUGAGUCUUUUACCCUUGGUAUCGCCCGUCAGAACAGGAAAUGGGGCUUCCUUAUGAAUCACUCUCUGGUUCCCAAGAACAUCAUGGCUUGUCACAAGCUGAGAAGGAAGAUUAAAAGAAUCCCUUCAGACAUUAAACGGGUGAUCGAUGAAAAGCCCAAAGGUACUGGCAAACAGCAUGCGUGUAGCAAUGGGACAACUACCUAUAUGGGUGAUCAGAAUCGUGCAAUGGCACAAUGUAGUUAUGCUACGAUCCCAGAGAGAGAUGAAGAGGAACUAGUACUGGAGGUAGAUAGAAAACCUCCGAGGUUAGACCUUGAAAAACAAGCAAAGCUCAUGUCUACAAAUAAACCUCUGAGGUGCAGCAGCGACGGGUCUGUGAGGUUAGACCGUGAAACAGAAGCCAGACUCAUGUAUACAAAUUCUUAUGCUGAUGAAGAACUGGAGAUGUUUGACAUUAGACAAGAAGUGCAUGACUUAGUGAAAAGACUAAUCAAGACAGCUGAUAAAGGAAAGGCCCGGAUCGUUGAAAUUGCUGGUGAGUUGGGUUCAGGCAAGACUACUUUGGCUCGUGCAGUAUACGGAAGGAGGGAAAUCAAAAAACAUUUUAAGUCUGGAUGUGCAUGGGUCACCAUUUCAAAAGAGUCUAAUAAAUCAGAUGUAUUGCAGAACUUGCUAAAACAGCUGGGGGAAUCCAAGGACGCUGUGGAUCUAGCUACCAAUGAGCUGGAAACUAGACUUUUGAAGUGGUUAAUUGGAAAAAACUACUUGAUUGUGUUGGAUGAUGUACAGAGUGAUCAAAUGUGGGAAGGACUGAAAUCUGUUUUCUUAGACAAUCGAAAUGGAAGUAUACUACUUCUCAUCACCACCACUGUUAAUCCGAUGUAUUGUGUCUCUCCUCCGAAUUAUAUCCAAAAGAAAACGCUAAGUGAAGAAUAUAGCUGGAACUUAUUCCUGAAGAAAGCUGGUUGGGAUACUUGGGAGGAAGGAAAGGAACAUCAAGUAUUGAAGGACCGAGUUCUUAAGGUGUGCUGUGGUCUCCCCCUGAAUACUGUCCUUCUUGGCAGCAUGUUGUCGACCGAGGGAGAUACCACUCGCUUUCAUUAUCUUCAAAAGAUACUGUGCAGAAACUGGAAAACAAAGGACAUUAUAUCCGUUAGCUAUACGAAUCUGCCUGACCAUUUGAAACUGUGUGUACUCUACCUGGUGCUAUUCCCUAAAGAGUACGACAUUCCGGUAAGGAGGCUGUUUCGUUUGUGGCUUUCAGAGGGUUUUGUAAACCCCAAACCAGAUAAAUUCCCGGAGGAUGUGGUACAAGAAAACUUUGAUUAUCUAGUCAAGCGGAGCUUGAUUCAGAUAUCCAAAUUUAGGUCUGAUGGCAGUCCCAGAAGAUGUCGGUUACUAGGCGUUCUCCAUGACUAUCUGUUGCCUAAUGCCCAGAACAUCAGGCUUUUCCAUGUUCACAGCAGUACAAGCACAGAAGAUUCAUUUCCCUUGAAUGUUAGAAGGCUUGUUGAGCAUGCAAGCAGUAAGAAUAUUUAUAGUGAUGCUUCCCGGUUUGAACAUCUUCGCUCUUACUUAUCAUUCAAUUUCCAGAUGAAAGACAUCCCAGCCAAGGAAGUAGGCAUCCUUCUAAGUCGCGUAAUUACUAAGGGUUUCGGAUUGCUGAGGGUGCUUGACUUGGAAGGAGUGUAUAAGCCAAGUUUACCUGAGAAUCUUGGUGAUUUAUUUCACUUGAGAUACUUAGGAUUAAGAUGGACUUUCUUGGAUGCUCUUCCCUCGUCCGUUGGUGACUUGCCAUAUCUUGAGACAUUAGAUGUGAAGCACACUAACAUAAAUAACUUACCCACCUCCAUGUGGAAAUCAAAGAAAUUGCGGCAUCUCAAUCUCAGUCACAUCCGUCUUGACAUGCCAAAGCAUUCAGAUACCGAUUCUUUGCCUACACUCCUUACACUGUGGGGAUUGUCCGUAGAUGAUGAUAGCCCAGUGAAGAAUGGACUGGAUCGGUUGUGUAAUCUUAGAGAGGCAGGCAUUACUUUCUGUUUGAGCAAUUGUGACCACCUUCUCAACUGGAUUUCAAAUUUAACUUCUCUUCAAUCAUUGAGGUUACGAUCCAUAAAUGAUGUAGGACAUCCAUCACAUUUUGGUGACGAGUCGUUGUCUCUGUCAAGUCUGAGCAAUCUUUCCCACCUAAACUUGCUAGGUAAAUUACCAAAUCUGCCUGACUUACCUGAAGGACUUAAAGUAGUCACAUUGUCUCUUUCAAAGCUGACAGAGGAUCCUAUGCCGAUUCUUGGGAAGCUUGAACAUCUUAAUGUCCUCAGGCUUCUAUCAGAUUCCUAUAUGGGGAAGGAAUUGGUGUGCCCUCAGGGAGGAUUCAAAGAGCUUCUGGUUCUAAAGAUUUGGAAACUGAAGAACUUGGAAAAGUGGAAUGUGGAGGAAGCGGCAAUGGAGAAGCUCAAAGAGAUAAAUAUCCGAUGCUGUAAUAAACUGAUGAGCAUUCCCGAAAGACUGAGGAAAAAACAAAGUCUCAGGGAAUUGAUCAUAACCAACAUGCCAGAGGAGUUCAAACAGAAUGUCCAUCAGUUCAUGAGGGGUCGGGAUUUGAUUCUCACUUUCAAAGAUUAUGAUUUAACCCCCUUGCCGUGGGAGAAUGCUGAUCAUACUUCUGAUGUAAGUCACACCAACGAGUAGCUUGCUAAGAUUCUGAACAAUGAAUCUCCAAGGCUACUUCAAUCAAAGCUGUGUUACCAUUCAUCAUCGGUUA